AUGGAUGAAUUUAAUGAGAUGGUAGCUCGAGUUGGGCCAGCUAUGUACGGAGCACCUGUAUCUCUUCCCCACAGUGGCCGAGAUGCCGCGGCUGGCCUAUCUUACUCCGCUUCCGCAGUCACCAUCCCUUCCUUGAGCCUUCUCCCCACCUCGGCCAACGCCCUCCGAUCUCUCAACGAAGUCAAGCGCCUUAAUCGCAAACAUGGUUUACGACUGACAAACAUCGCCAACGCCUGCCUCAUCUUUGCAUACUCCGUCUCCCCCAAGCACCGUAAACACCCCUACCUGAUCUGGAUGUGUGUUGCGUCCAUUGUCGGCUCAUACGGAAUGGACUUUUGGUUCCACCGGGAACUCGGUCUCAAGGCCUGGGCUCGGAGUCUCAUCCGGGACUCGGGAUGCAUGUCCUUCUCUCGUGGAAACUCCACCAAGAAGGACGAGGAUCUUGUUGUUGUCGAGGCCGAGGAGUCGGUUAAUGGCGAGAGUGUCCGGGAGGAGAUGGCUCGCGAGAGACGGCUGCAGUGUGCUAGAGCGGUGUGCUCGGGGCUUGCGCUUGCAAUGGGUAUUGUCGGACUUUGGGGCGAUAGGAAGUGA